AUGUUCUCCGUCGCUUCCUACCUCUCCCGAUUCUUCUCCUCCCGGUCCGACCACGCCAUCCGCAUCCCGUCCGUCAAGAUCCACGAGAUCGAGACCGCCGUCGAGAAGUCGGCGCGCGCUCUCAAACACCUCCUCAAGCUGAACCAUGUCAACUUCGCCGUCUUGUACAAUGAGAGGCGGUUUCAUAACCAUAUGCCGCAUCUCCUGAGCUCUGCGUAUCUGCUUGGUGCUGAUGCCAACCAUCUGAAUCGCCUUUAUGAUGUCGAUUCCAAGUUCCUCGAGCCAUGGACGGAUGCGCCCAGUGAAAUCAGCACUUUUGACUGGAGGGAUUAUCUGGGGAAGAGAGAAUAUCAGCGUGCGUUCGUGGAUUUCUUCGAGGACGAGGUGGUGCGGCAAGGCUAUGACUGGAAGACGGUGCUGAACAAGUUCCUGUUCGAGGGAAAGGAGCCCCUGAUCAACUCUGUUCUUGCCGAUCUGGGCCAUCCCCUGAUCCAUAUCGGCUAUGCUUUGGAAAUGUCCAGCCGCGAGGUGGGCAUGGAAGGACUGGCCCUGGCGGCUACCUGCUACAGCGACCUGCACAAAUACCUGGACGACCCGUCAUACUUCCAGGCGGAACCGUCGUACCGGAGCCUGUCGCCCUUCGAGAUCUUGGAUCGCGUCCGCACCGACAACCGGUUCAACGGGCUGUUCGCCACGCCAGGCAGCCACAACCUCGAGACCAUCUUCCGGGAGCGCGAAGCCGCGCUCCUCAACCACUGGAACGCGUGGAAGAUCGAAGACCCCGUCAAGCAGUUCCGCGACAGCCAGGAGGCGGCGGCCGCGCUGCUCGUGGGCACCGACACGGAGCAGUACGACUUCUUCCUCGUGCACGUGCUGACCACCAGCCACGCAGUGCGGAUCCUCCUGCCGCUGAUCCCGGAGGCCUUCCACAUCGCGCUGGUGCGGCAAUGGUGGCUGGUCACGCUGGCCAUCUACAUCGCGCAGCUGCGCCCAGAGAUCAAACUCGACCGGAUCCUGGGGUACAACCCGGGCGCCGGGCGAGACUGGAACUGGGCGACCCGCCAAGCGAUCGAGGGCAAACACUCGACCGAUCCGCAUUAUGUCAAGGCCAUUCGCGCGCUGAAGGAGGCGGCGCACACGUGGGGGGAUCCGGACCGGUUCUAUGAAAAGGCGGCUGUUCGAUUCGCGGCUGAGUUUGCUGGUUGGGGUGGGUUUGUGGGGAGUUCUUUCCAGGCGGAUUGA